AUGACCAACAUCACAUUAGGUAUGCACCAACCUUCUACCUGGUCUAUGGAUGCUGCUUUCGAGCAUUACCGGGAGGAAGAAGAUGCCUGGUGGAAGUCACGCAACGUCAAGCGUCCUCUCCAUAAUUUUGUCCGCCCAUCUGGCCACCUUGAUGCCACAGUUGCAUGCCAUCUUUUCAAUCCAACAUUUUCAGUGGAUGACCCCCGUGAUGGCGAGAUAGAUGACCCAUCGAAUCCGUGUAUAGCACAGCUUCACGACGUGGGCCUUUCGGCCGACAACUGUCUGAUGUUCGACCACUCAGCUCGAAGAGAGGACAGCAGGCAUUGCAGAGUGCUCUAUCCACCGGAACUCUGGGAUAUUCAUGAAGCAUUCGUGUCAGCCCUUCGCUCCAAUAUGAAAGCAGUAGUGGAAAUCUGCUGGGGGGUGAAUGUACGCGAGCGAAUGCUUAUGUGUCUACAGAAUAAACUACGCAGCUUACCUCUGUGGGGUCGAUACGAAGGUGUCACUCUGUACCUGGAGCUUGACGAGGACAAUAAUGCUGUGCGGCGCUUCAUCAUCUUUGUCAACCAUCCGCAAUUUUUCAUGUUCAUGAAAGGAACAAAUGUUCGGGCCCAGGCGUUCCGAGCAGAGCAAGGAGGAAGACAGGACCUCCAGCUGGAGGUAGCUUCUUACCUAGGUAACAUUGUUAUCAAUGAAGACUUUUACAGACUAAGCCCUCGACUACUUCGACCAUUUCGGCCAACCAAAGCUAUUCGUGAGCUAAGAGACACCUGGAAAGGGCAGGCCUGCGAGGAGCUCAAAGCUGCUUUUCCAGGGGCGGCACUCAUCUCAGUCAAGGGAACUUUAAAUCUCUCUCGAAAAGACCACAACGACCUACAGGGUACCGAGUUGCCCGUGAUCAAAUAUUCUUCGAAGGUACAUGAUACAGUGAUCGAUGAUGAUAUUGCAGCUGACAAGGCUCUGGAGCAGACUCGUCUUCAGACUGUUACCCGCUUAUGGAAAGAGUUGCAUGACAUAGCUGUUAUUCUUAUGCCUGAAACAUCCUUCAAUUUUGCCGACAAGGUCAAAUGCGAGAAGCUGAUUAACACCAUUGAAGCAUCAGAAGGGGAACUUUAUCACUGGGAAGAACUUCCAGUCAGCCUAGCUGCGUUCAUUCAAGCCCAAGACGGACUUCGAAUUGACCGUCACCCGAUAGGCUCACGCAAAGAAGCUGAGACUGCUUAUCGCCUUCUUCAUUGCAAAGGCGAUCCAGAAAUACUCAGCAUUGUUGGGCUUGCCUUCUCUAUCCUGAUCGCAUACGCUUGGAAUGUCCGUCGCACACCCAGAGAUACCGUUAACGACUUAAUGGUUCUGAGAGCAUCACCCAACCGCAUUAUUCCUCGAGCAUGCUCUUCCUGUAAAGGAAGAGUUUUAGAUGACCCUUUUGCGUAUUACGCUAAGAAGAACCAGACAUAUUAUGUCGUCAAAAGUUCUCAGACAGGCUGUGGGCUCAUUGACUGUACGGGAGGUCGUGUUCUUCUUCAUCCUAUGGAGAGAUAUCAAAACUACGUGCGUGCACUGAAGAAGAACUUGGAAGCCAUCCCCAAUCCACGUGUUCGUGGGGGUGCUGAAUGGGAAAAAUAUUUUCUUCGUCAUGGUGAAGCUGAGCUUGGAGAUAUCCCCCGGACCAUUGAGCUCCAAUGUCCACACGAAGGGUGCAAAGCGAUUCUAGAGGACGUCAUUCCAAGGUGGACUAUUCAUCCAGUUCCGACGGUCGUGCUUCGCCAGUUUAAGUGCCACAAUUGCCAGCGCAAGGGCGACUGGACGCCUGUGAAUACCGCGAUCAAGUACAUUACAAGUGAAAGUCUAAGCCGCACCUGGGGCCGGUUCAAGAAGAAAGGAUGCGAUUUAGCGAAGUACCCCCGACGAGCAGAUGUGUACUUUGCUCAGAGCCACAUAGCUAUUAGAAUUGCUCAACUUCAGGAGGCUAAGAGGCUUGCAGAUGAGAGUAAUGCAAAUUAG